GGCAGCGGCGCGCCCGGCCGCCUUUCCCCACUUCCCUCAGCCGCCGCCGCCCGGGAAGGAGGGAGAGCGUGGAGGGGGACAGUCCCAGCCGCCGCCGCGCUCCAUGGCGAUCCAGGGCUUGUGCAGCGAGGGCGGCUCGGAGCCCUUCUGGGAUUGGAACCUGACCUGGCACACAGAAAAUCCAGAUUUCACGAAGUGCUUUCAGAACACCAUCCUUGUCUGGGUGCCUUGCAUUUACCUGUGGGUUUGCUUCCCAAUAUACUUCCUGUACCUCCGUCAUCAUGACAGGGGCUAUAUCCAAAUGUCACAUCUCAACAAAGCCAAAACAGCCUUGGGCGUACUAUUGUGGAUAAUCUGCUGGGCAGAUCUUUUCUACUCUUUCUGGGAAAGAAGUCAAAAUAUUUUCCGACCUCCAGUUUUUGUCAUUAGCCCUACAGUUUUGGGCAUAACAAUGUUGCUCGCCACAUUUUUAAUACAAUUUGAGCGAAUGAAAGGAGUCCAGUCUUCAGGCGUAAUGUUGAUUUUCUGGUUCACUGCACUGUUGUGUGCCACAAUAAUUUUCAGGUCCAAAAUACUGCACGCCUUAAACCUGGGUGCUGAAGUUGAUGUAUUUCGUUACGUUACCUUCUACAGCUACUUCGUCCUGGUGCUAAUACAGCUUAUACUGUCCUGCUUCCCAGAACGACCGCCUCUGUUUUCUGAAACCGUUAAUGAUCCUAAUCUCUGCCCAGAGUCUAGUGCUUCGUUCCUUUCCAAAAUUACAUUCUGGUGGAUUACAGGGUUGAUGAUUCAGGGAUAUCGGCGACCAUUGGAAGCUAAAGACUUGUGGUCAUUAAACAAAGAGGACACAUCUGAGGAGGUAGUGCAAGGUUUGGCUAAGUACUGGGAGAAAGAGUGUGCAAAUACAAAAAAGCAAGCCAUAAAAAUGGUGUAUUCACCCAAAAAGCAAAUGAAAUCAAGCAACUCAAAUGGCGAUGUGACAGAAGAAGUUGAAGCUUUGAUUGUAAAACCAUCUCAAAAGAACUCUGCCCCUUCUCUGUUGAAAGCGUUGUAUAAAACGUUUGGACCGUACUUCCUCAUGAGUUUCCUGUUUAAAGCCUGUCAUGAUCUUAUGAUGUUUUCUGGCCCGGAAAUCUUAAAGUUGUUAAAAUUUGUGAAUGAUAAAGAUGCCCCCAAUUGGCAAGGCUAUCUGUACACAGGGCUUCUGUUUGCAUGUGCCUGUCUGCAGACUCUGAUUCUCCACCAGUACUUCCAUAUUUGCUUUGUUACUGGAAUGAGGCUUAAGACAGCUGUCAUUGGUGCAGUCUAUCGCAAGGCAUUGGUUAUCACAAAUUCUGCAAGAAAGACGUCUACUGUUGGGGAGAUUGUAAAUCUAAUGUCUGUGGAUGCUCAGAGGUUCAUGGACUUGGCUACGUAUAUAAACAUGAUUUGGUCUGCGCCUCUGCAAGUUAUAUUAGCAUUGUAUUUAUUAUGGCAGAAUUUAGGCCCUUCUGUCCUAGCAGGUGUGGCUGUCAUGAUCCUUUUGGUUCCAGUAAAUGCUGUGAUGGCAAUGAAGACAAAAACAUAUCAGGUAGCCCAUAUGAAGAGCAAAGACAACAGAAUUAAGCUGAUGAAUGAAAUUCUCAAUGGGAUUAAAGUGCUGAAACUUUAUGCUUGGGAAUUAGCCUUCAAAGAGAAAGUAUUGGGGAUCAGACAGGAAGAGCUGAAAGUGCUUAAAAAGUCUGCUUACCUUGCAGCAGUGUCUACAUUCACUUGGGUGUGCGCUCCUUUUCUGGUUGCUUUAUCCACCUUUGCUGUUUAUGUACUGGUAGACAAGAACAAUGUCUUGGAUGCUCAGAAAGCUUUUGUUUCCUUAGCCUUAUUCAACAUCCUCAGGUUCCCACUGAAUAUUCUUCCUAUGGUCAUCAGCAGCAUGGUACAGGCAAGUGUUUCCUUAAAGCGGCUCAGGUUAUUUCUCUCGCAUGAAGAGUUAGAUCCAGAUAGCAUAAUCAGAGGUUCUAUCAAAGAUGCUGAAGGAAGCAUUAUUGUGAAGAAUGCAACAUUUAGUUGGUCAAGAAAUGAUCCUCCCUCACUGAAUGACAUUAAUUUCACUGUUCCUGAAGGCUCCCUGAUUGCCAUUGUUGGACAGGUUGGCUGUGGAAAGUCUUCAUUGUUGUCUGCCCUUCUAGGAGAGAUGGACAAGAGGGAAGGAUAUGUGGCUGUCAAGGGCUCGGUUGCUUAUGUUCCUCAACAAGCCUGGAUACAGAAUGCAGCUCUGAAGGACAAUAUUAGCUUUGGGAGGGAGAUGAAAGAGAGCCAGUAUAAACGUGUGAUUGAGGCUUGUGCACUUCUACCUGAUAUAGAGAUUCUUCCUAGUGGAGACAGAACAGAAAUAGGGGAAAAGGGUGUGAAUCUCUCUGGAGGACAGAAGCAGAGAGUCAGCCUUGCUCGGGCAGUUUACUGUAACACCGACGUCUAUUUAUUUGAUGAUCCUUUAUCUGCUGUUGAUGCCCAUGUUGGGAAGCAUAUUUUUGAGAAAGUUAUUGGACCAAAGGGAAUCCUGAAAAACAAAACUCGGGUUUUGGUAACCCAUGGGGUCAGUUAUCUGCCUCUGAUGGAUACAAUUAUAGUGAUGACUGAUGGUAAAAUAUCUGAGAUGGGCUCUUACCAAGAGCUGCUAACGCAAGACGGGGCCUUUGCCGAGUUUCUUCGUACAUAUGCUAAUGCUGAUCAGGAUGUGGAGAAUGGAGAUGCAAACAGCCCAACUGUGAAAGAAGGCAAGCAUAUGGAAAAUGGUGUUCUCGCAAAUGAAGCAACAGGAAAACCGAUACUUAGACAACUCAGUAACUCAUCAACUUACAGUGGAGAAACAAGGAAGUCUUUGAACCAGACUAGUACAACAGAGCUUCAGAAGGCACCAGCAGAAAAGAAUGCUUGGAAACUCACGGAGGCUGACACAGCAAAGACCGGGAGGGUAAAGGCGACAGUGUACUGGGAAUAUAUGAAAUCCAUUGGACUCUUCAUCUCUUUUCUGAGCAUCUUCCUUUUUAUGUGUAACCAUAUAGCCGCUCUGGCUUCCAAUUACUGGCUAAGUUUAUGGACCGACGAUCCCGUUAUUAAUGGGACUCAGCAGCACACGCACGUCCGGCUAGGAGUGUAUGGAGCACUGGGAAUGUCUCAAGGUAUUGCUGUGUUUGGCUACUCAAUGGCUGUGUCAAUAGGGGGGAUAUUUGCCUCACGACACCUACACGUUGGCCUGCUUCACAAUGUCCUUAGGUCUCCAAUGAGUUUUUUUGAACGAACACCCAGUGGGAACUUAGUGAACCGGUUCUCUAAAGAGAUGGACACUAUAGACUCUGUGAUUCCUCAGAUAAUCAAAAUGUUCAUGGGCUCACUGUUUAACGUCAUUGGGGCCUGCAUCAUCAUUCUCUUGGCCACGCCAAUAGCUGCCAUCGUCAUUCCACCGCUGGGACUUGUCUACUUCUUUGUGCAGAGAUUUUAUGUGGCCACCUCUCGCCAGCUGAAACGUCUUGAAUCUGUCAGCCGCUCUCCAGUGUAUUCUCACUUUAAUGAGACCCUCUUGGGUGUCAGUGUCAUUCGAGCCUUUGAGGAGCAGACGCGUUUCAAACUGCAGAGCGACUUAAAAGUGGAUGAAAAUCAGAAAGCGUACUUUCCCAGCAUUGUUGCAAACAGGUGGCUGGCUGUCCGGCUGGAAUGUGUGGGGAACUGCAUAGUCCUCUUUGCAGCGCUGUUUGCAGUGAUUGCUCGCCACAGCCUCAGCCCUGGCUUAGUUGGACUCUCAGUGUCCUAUUCAUUGCAGGUUACAACAUACUUAAACUGGCUGGUUCGCAUGACAUCUGAGCUGGAAACGAACAUUGUCGCUGUGGAAAGAGUCCAAGAAUACUCUGAAAUGGAGAAAGAGGCUCCCUGGUGUAUUGAGCAAACUGCUCCACCAAACAACUGGCCUCAUGAAGGCAAAGUGGAGUUCAGAGGCUAUGGCUUACGUUACCGUGAGGACUUGGAUUUAGUUCUGAAAAACAUAAACGUUACCAUAAACGGAGGAGAGAAGGUGGGAAUAGUUGGAAGAACAGGUGCUGGAAAAUCCUCCCUUACUCUGGGUUUAUUUCGAAUCAAUGAAUCAGCAGAGGGAGAGAUUAUUAUUGAUGGAAUUAAUGUUGCAAAAAUAGGGCUCCAUGACCUGCGGUUCAAGAUCACCAUUAUUCCCCAGGAUCCAGUAUUAUUUUCUGGCUCUCUGCGUAUGAAUCUUGACCCUUUUGACAAAUACUCUGAUGAAGAAAUUUGGACAUCUUUGGAAUUGGCUCACUUGAAAAAUUUUGUUUCAUCUCUUCCCGAUAAACUUAAUCAUGAGUGUUCUGAAGGUGGAGAGAAUCUAAGUGUCGGACAGCGUCAGCUGGUGUGCCUCGCUCGUGCUCUACUUCGAAAGUCCAAAAUCUUGGUUUUAGAUGAAGCCACAGCUGCUGUUGAUCUUGAAACUGAUGACCUUAUACAGUCAACAAUAAGGACUCAAUUUGAAGACUGCACUGUUUUAACUAUAGCACAUCGUCUAAACACUAUUAUGGACUAUGAAAGAGUUCUAGUCCUUGAUAAAGGCGAAAUUGUGGAGUGUGAUUCCCCAGCCAGUCUACUUCAGAAGAAAGGCAUUUUCUAUAGUAUGGCCAAAGAUUCUGGCUUGGUAUAAUAC